AUGGCGGACGGGAGUGAUUCCGACGAGAACCCGAGAAGGGACACCAUUUUAUCGAAGACUAUCAUGAAGGGAGAUGGCUCGGCCAGGAGGGCUGAGAUUCCAACGAUAUAUCGGCUCGAGUCGUCGGAUGGCCCGGGCAACGUUCUGAUCGCUUGUAAUCUAAAUGGCGACAACUACUUGACAUGGUCACGUGCAUGGCUGUUCAACACAAUGGAGAAGGAUCUCCAAUCGACAGUCGCUUAUGCUAUGGACGCGAAAGAACUAUGGGACGAUCUCAAAGAACAGUAUUCGGAAGGAAAUCAGACUCAGAUUUAUCAAAUCAAAUUCGAAAUCUAUAUUCUCAAGCGGGAUGGGAAGAGAGUGCGGGAAUAUUAUUCCAAAUUGAAAUUACUGUGGGAUGAACUCGAGUUUUAUCUUGAGAAACCGAGCUGUUGCUGUGGAGCCAACAACAAGUUCGUGGCACAACGGGAAACGGAGAAGAUAUUUCAGUUUCUCAUGGGUCUCACCUCCGAAUACAACACAGUACAAUCCAACAUCCUUAGUAUCGAGCUAAUGCCGAGCCUGAAUAAAGUGUAUCAAAUGAUUGUGCACGAAGAACGUCAAAAACUUGUUGCACGAUCUCAUGAUUCGACACCAGAGGCAGCUGUUUUUUUCGUAAAAGGAGGAGGCGGACCGAACAAUGUCGGAAAACAGCAGCAGCAGCCAUCCGAAGCAAGGCCGGUCUGUGAGCAUUGUGGCAAGCUAGGCCACACGAACAAGAAUCUGUUGGGCCUUGAAUGGCUACCCAGCAUGGUACACGGUAGAAUGGGGCAAAGGAAAGAAGCCCAUUGGACAGGAUAG